CAUUCAUACAUCGAAAAAAAAACUACCUUGGCUUCCUGCUGAAUGAGCCAGCCACCUCGUGCAUGCCUUUCAGAAUCCGACUUGGCAUCUGUGUCUUGGGCAUGUUCACUCUCUUUCGCUCUUCCUUGUGAUUGCCGGGGGGCGCGUUCUGCGCGAGGUUCUCGGUCCUUUGACUCUUCUCUAACGCAACUCGAACGGUUGGCAGGCAUUUUGUAGGAAUGUCAAGUCCCCUACUGCAUUCCCUGCUGCUUUUAAUGUUGUGUAUAUGCUCAAGUGGUGCUAUGGCAUCCCGUCGAGCUCAUUUCAUAUGAUCUAGACUUUGGCCUGCGAUCGUGGCCCAGCUUGCUGUCUGACGCUAUAAAUGCUCACUUGACCACCUCAUCGACCUCAUCAGCUUCCUCGAGCUCCCUCAAGCCUCUUAAACGCAUCUCGCUGAGCAUACGUCGAAUCGCUCUCCCCCAUAACCAUGCUCGCCCACCUCUCCCUCAUCGCUCUCUCUGCCCUUACCCUCCCCACCCUCGCCCAAACCCCUGUCUCAGUCGGUUACGACACCACAUUCGACAACGGCUCCGCCUCCCUCUCCACCGUCGCCUGCUCCACGGGCACAUACGGCCUCGAGACCGCUGGCUACACCACUUUCGGCUCGCUCCCCUCCUUCCCCAACAUAAGCGCCGCGCCCGCCGUGACGGGCUACGACUCGCCCGCGUGCGGCUCGUGCUGGCAGCUCUCGUACGCGGUGCCCGCGCGCAAUGCGACGCUGUCCGUGUACGUCACGGCCGUCGACGUCGGCCGCGAUGGGUUCGUUGCGUCCCAGGCGGCACUGGAUGCACUUACGGGCGGGCUGGCGCAGGAGCUGGGAAGGGUCACGGCUAAUGCGACGCAGGCGCUCACUGUGCCGUACAAGGGCAAGUGCAGCGCAGAGGAGAUUCCCGCGCACUUCGCUGGGUGGGACGCGCAGGACAGCGCGCGCGAGGAGAUCCUCGGCGCAUGA